UGUAGGUCCGCCUCGGGCCUGCCGCGCGCGACCCCGGCGCGACACUCCGGCGCAGCCGCGACUCGGGGCUCGGGGCGCGCAGGCGCCGCGGGCGUGGGGCCGCGCAGGCGCGGACGGCGUUGCUCUGAAGACUUUCUUCGGUGCCCUGGCGGAGCGGGCGCGCCCUCCUGGCUGAGCGGACAGGUCCUCCCGUCGGAGAUAUGUGUAACACACCGACUUACUGUGACCUAGGAAAGGCUGCCAAGGAUGUCUUCAACAAAGGAUAUGGAUUUGGCAUGGUCAAAAUAGAUCUGAGAACCAAGUCAUGUAGUGGAGUGGAAUUUUCUACUUCUGGUCAUGCUUACACUGAUACAGGGAAAGCAUCAGGCAACCUAGAGACCAAAUACAAGAUUUGUAACUAUGGACUGACCUUCACCCAAAAGUGGAACACAGACAAUACUCUUGGGACAGAAGUCUCUUUGGAGAAUAAGUUGGCUGAAGGGUUGAAACUGACUCUUGAUACCAUAUUUGUACCGAACACAGGAAAGAAGAGUGGGAAAUUGAAGGCCUCCUAUAAACGGGAUUGUUUCAGUCUUGGCAGUAAUGUUGAUAUAGAUCUUUCUGGACCAACCAUCUACGGCUGGGCUGUGUUGGCCAUUGAAGGUUGGCUUGCUGGCUAUCAGAUGAGUUUUGACACAGCCAAAUCCAAACUGUCACAGAAUAAUUUCGCCCUGGGUUACAAGGCUGCAGACUUCCAGCUGCACACUCACGUGAACGAUGGCACUGAAUUUGGAGGGUCGAUCUACCAGAAGGUGAACGAGAAGAUUGAAACAUCAAUAAACCUCGCGUGGACGGCUGGCAGUAACAACACCCGUUUCGGCAUCGCCGCUAAGUACAAGCUGGACUGUAGAACUUCUCUAUGUGCUAAAGUGAAUAAUGCCAGCCUGAUUGGACUGGGUUAUACUCAGACCCUUCGACCAGGAGUGAAACUGACCCUGUCAGCUCUAAUCGAUGGAAAGAACUUCAAUGCAGGAGGGCACAAGGUCGGGCUGGGAUUUGAACUAGAAGCUUAAUGUGGUUUUGAAUAAAGCAUCAGCUUUGUCCCUGGAGGUGAAGAGAAGUCAACCCACUAUGUUUUGGCCUUAAAAUUCUUCUGUGAGAUUUCAAAGGUGUGAACUUUUUAUUCUUCCAAAGAAUUGUAAUCCUCCUCACACAGAAGCCUAGAUAUCGAGUCCAGCCUAAGGGAGGUGUGCUUGAAGACAUGCCCGGAAGUUGUCAUGUUUGUGCCACAUUUCAGUUCAGUUCCGCAGUGUUAUUUUCAAUGUGUUGCUCAGCGACAGUGUAGUGUCAUGUUACAAAGGAGAUGACCCGACCCUCCAGUUGUCCAUCACGUCCUGCAUGUCCCACACCACUUUUUCAUGACCUUGUAAUAUAUCGGUCUCUGCGGUAGUGGAAUCUUUCGUUUUGCAUCAGAGUAAAAUAAAAUAAACCCAUCACAUUUGGAACAUAAUUGGUCA